AUGGACUUCAAUGAAAUUAACCUAGGAGAGCUAGGUAGACAAAUCUUUGCUCGCUUGCUAAGAGCAACUGCAAGUGAUGGAUCAUAUGAAGACGUCUUGUAUGAAUGUCAAUAAAAUGAUAGCUUAUUUGAAGAUGAAACCUUUACUGCUGGACCUGAAAGUCUUAUUAAGGAUUGGAGUGAUAAAGCAGUGCAGGAUAAAGUUUCAACAUGGAAAUAAUUUAAGUGGAUUAGAGUGACUGAAAUACCAUCUAUAAUGGAGGGAGGAGUACAGCUUGCUGUUUUCUUAGACAAUAUUGACCCCUCUGAUAUAAGACAAGGUUUACUUGGAGAUUGCUACUUUCUUUCCUGUUUAAGUGUACUAGCAGAAAAUCCUUCCCGUAUUAUGAAUUUAUUUGUGACAAGUAAAAUAAAUCAAUAUGGAGUAUAUGCGAUCAAGAUAUGCAAAAAUGGUGAAUGGAAGGAAGUUGUAGUAGACGAUAGAUUCCCCUGCUUCCAAAAUGAGCCUGCUUUUAGUAAAGCACACGGGGAUGAGCUUUGGGUCUUAUUAAUGGAAAAAGCAUGGGCUAAAUUACAUGGAAGUUAUGAAAGGAUAGAGGCAGGUUUUGCAGAAAAUGUGCUGAGAGAUUUAACUGGAGCACCAACAGAAUAGGUUCAUUCUGAUGAUCAAGAAAUUCUGUGGAAAAAAUUAAUAGAGGCUGAAUCGAAAGGUUACUUAAUUGCUGCUAGUGCUGGAACAACUAAAGCUUCAAAAGAAUUACUAGAAAAGCUAGGUCUGAUUGGAAAUCACUCAUAUGGUAUACUUGAUGUAAGAGAAGUAACUUUAGAUGAUGGUGAUAAAGAGAAACUUAUAAAAGUUAGAAAUCCCUGGGGUGAUUUUGAAUGGAAAGGUGACUGGGGUGACGAUUCUGAAUUGUGGACACCAAAACUUGAAAAACUGCUUGGCUAAUCAGAUGGCAACGAUGGUAUUUUCUUUAUGAACUUGGAAGAUUUUUGUCAUUACUUCAGCAGAGUAUAAAUUUGCAGAAUUAAUGACAAGUAUAAAUACUCUUCCUUUAAAUGCAAUUAAAACAGAGAUAGCUAUUGCCUAGUUAAGCUUGUAAUUCCAUCCGAUGGACUAUAUUCAAUCUCUCUUUUGUAAACAGAUGAGAGAUGCUUUGGAAGAAACGAUGACUACGAUUAUUCAAAUGCCAGAUUGAUACUUGCGAAAAUUUUAAGUGAUCAAGAAGGGGUUUUAGAGCUAGAAUAUCUUGGGGGAUAAAUGGGCUAAACUAGAGAUAUUUGGAAAGAAUAUAGCAUGCUCAAGAAAGGAGAGUAUUAUGUAUUUGCUGAAGUGGAUUGGCAAGAAAAAGUUGAUCUUACUGAAUUUUGUAUCAGUUGCUAUGGAUCUGGGUAAGCAUACUUUAUCAGAGAUGAUAAAGUUUUAUAUAAGAAGUAGGAAAUACUUGCUCAAAUUUACAAAAGCUGUGGAAAGCAAGAACAAGAAGGCUCUAAGCAUGUAACUUAUGAAUAGUAUCAGGAACCAAAUAUUCAUAAAAUUACAUAGUUAUGCGAAGAAGGUUAUGGAUUUGUGUUUUAUGAUAACAAGACUACUGAGAGUACUCUGAAUGAAACAGUAACAUACAACAAAUUUGAUGGUCUAACCUUGAUGAAACCAUAUAAAGAUUAGAGUUAUCAAAUAGUAGUCGCACCAGGAGAAUAAAAAGUAGUUUUAAUUCGCUAGGCUGAUCCGUUUGGAUAUUCAAUGGCUUCAUCAACUUCCAGUUCUAUAGGUUUUUCCAAAGACAAACUUUAAAAAUUAUGCAAGGAAUAAGGAAAGCUUACAAAAAGAGUGAAUCCUAGUAACAAGCAAGAACUUGAAAUCUAUCAAUAUCAGUACAAACAUUCCAGCGGUAUCUGUUAUUUAUAUGAGAAUAAGACAGUAAAUAAGAAAUUUGAGGAGCAACUCAAAUUUGUGCUUUCAGGAUUAGAGAUAGUAGAAAAACCUGCUGAUGGUACUGACACAGUUAGGAUUAAACUGGGACCAGGAGAGACUAAAUUCAUUGAGCUUAAGUCAGUAGGACCCUAAUGGAAAAUUCAAACAGCUGUAGCAUUCAGUAUUUAUUGA